AAGAUCCGCGAGACCAAGGCAUGUGCACCCUCGACAUCACGUUCGAGCAGAACGUCCAGCCAUCUGGCACGAAAUCCCUCGUGCCCCACCAGAAGCAGUCACAGACCCACACGGCGAACGCCGUCUGCUUUACGCUAGUGAGCGCGGACACCUGGCACAGGAGGCUUGGACAUCUCAAUGCUCGGAGCCUGGACAUCCUUCGGAAGGACACGGGUACCGGGGUGGACUAUCGCGACAGUCUCUCCCCUUGCGGGGUCUGCCAGAUCGCGAAACACAAGCAGUCCCCCCACCCGAAGCAAUCGACUCGCGAACUAUCACGGCCUGGACAGCUUGUGGUCAUCGACAACAUGGGGCCUGUUAAUCCACCUGCGAAAUAUAAAGGAGGCUCCUUCCCGUACGCGUGCAAGAUCACCGACGACUACACGAAGAUGAAAGAAGUGUACCUGCUUCGCAAGAAAUCUGACACGACCGAGGCGGUGCACACGUACAACAUGUGCGUCGCAGCGGCAGGAGGCUACCGGAUCGAGACCAUCCGCUGCGACAAGGGAGGCGAGAACACCGGAUCCGAAUUUCGGGACUACUGCAAGAAUUCAGCUAUCAAGCUCGAGUACGCCGCCACCAACACCCCUCAACAAAUUGGUGUAUCGGAACGGGACGGACAAACCCUGGCCGGAGUCACCCGGUGUCUUCUGAAGGAUGGAGAUUUUCCGCCGUCCAUGUGGGGGGAGUUAAUGCUGACUGCAGCAUACCUGUUGAACAGGUCCCCACACUCAGCACUGGGAGGAGCUACGCCAUACUCGAAGUUGCACAAUAAGUCACCUGAUCUCUCGGGACUUCGGGUCAUUGGAGCGCGCGCCUUCGUACACCACGAGAGAUACCGAAAGAAGCUGGACGACAGAGCUUUCGAAGGCAAGCUAUGUGGUUUCGGCCUCGACAGCCAGACCUACCGGGUAUUGAAUCCAUCCAACGGGGCCGUGGUCGAGAGCCGGAAUGUGACUUUCAUCGAAUCUCCACCCCGCUCAGUGCCCUUCCAGUAUUCCACUGAAGCAAACGGGUACGAGAGCGACGUGCUGAGCUUCACCUCCCUGCUGGACAGCCCCCACUCGACGAGCGACCUGGACUUCACGGCGCAGAACGAACUCCUUCGGCAAGAAGUCCGGAAGAUGCAGCAAGACAAUCUCGCUCGGGAGAAGCUUCGCCUAGAACUGGACGGGCACGAGGACGAACAUGGAAACGGGCAAGAUCUCGGCGACGGGGACGCUCCAUCACCACAUCUCCCAUCGACGCCAGCUGGAUCGUCAUCCGAGACCCACGCAUCUAGCCCCAGUCCAUCAUCGUCGAACCCGACUGAACCGGACACUUCUGCAUCAACUGGAUCCUCCGGCAUGCGGCGCCUGCAAGUCACCAGAGCCAGCACGCGCGGGAAGCCCACCAGCGACGAUCAUAUCGACGUCAACUUGGUUCCUGCCAAUCUGGAAGUCACCAUGAACGACCGCGGUCGAGCCCAUGCUACAACGGGCCGCGUGGAGCCAUCCGGUCUUUCCUUCACUCAGCUGGCUGAGAUAGCCGAUCAAGCCCAGCUCCCAUGCCCUGGCGAUACUGAGGAUUUCGCCCACGUUGCGGAAGACCCCUUCACGGUGCCGCGUGCUCACGCCUACGUCACGACCACUCACGAACACCACGGGAUCUUGGAGGAGACGAAUCAAGCGAUCAAAAUCCCCAACACCUACGACGAAGCCAUGAGCUCUCCCCAGCGCGAAGAAUGGAAAGGAGCGUGCAGCAAGGAAAUGGACAAUCUGCGGAAACACAACGUCUACAAUCUGGUGCCCCUCAGCAGCGUUCCCAAGGGAGAGAAGAUCCUCGGAACGAAAUUCGUCUUCAAGAAAAAGCUGGACGGACGCUUCAAAGCUCGCCUGGUAGUCGGAGGACAUCGUCAAGAGCCAGGACAGGACUACGGACGCAGCUACGCACCAGUAUGCCGUAUCGGGAGCAUUCGCAUGACGUGCGCCAUUGGCUGCCACAACAACUGGCCCAUCUACCAACUGGACGUUGUCGGUGCCUUCCUGAACGCCCUCUGCGACAGAGAUGUGUACGUCAGACCCGCCCCCGGUACAUCCGCCAAGAACUCCGCGACGGGAGAACCCAUGGUGUACAAACUAGAACGGAGCCUCUACGGCCUAUCGCAGUCGCCUGCGCUCUGGAACGACACCCUGGACGAAUCCCUCACGGUGUUCGGAUGGAAAAGGACUCAAUCCGACCCCUGCGUGUACGUGUAUACCAGCGGCAACAUCAUCGUGAUUCUCACGGUCUACGUAGACGACAUUCUCAUCACAGGAGGAGACCAGCAGCUCGUGGACCAGAAGAAGAAGGAGCUCACGGAUCGAUUCGAGAUGACCGACAUGGGAGAGCAAGAAACCCUGGCCAUUUCACAGGAGCACUACGUGAACACAGUUCUGGAGCGGUUCGGAAUGCAAGAGGCCAACCCAGUGAGCACUCCUGGAUACGGAGCGGAAAUCUCCACGAAUCAACCUCAGGACCAAAUCCUAGGACCCACGGACAAGAAAAUUUACCAGUCGAUGACGGGAAGCAUCCUCUACCUGGCCCAGUGCACGCAAUUCGACCUCUCCUACGCUGCCCUACAACUUUCUAAGGCCUGCAGCAACCCAGCGCAGGUGAACAUGACAGCAGCCAAGCACGUUCUGCGAUACCUUCGGGGUAAUCCAGUUCUUCCUAUCGUCUACAAGAGAGGACAGUUUCGGCUAGCGGCGUUUACGGAUUCAUCCUUCGGAGCAAACCCCGACAACGGAAGAUCUACCACGGGAUAUCUCUUCUUUCUGGCUGGAGGACUCAUCAGCUACGGUGCGAAGACUCAAACUCUAACCGCGCAAAGCACGGUCGAAGCCGAGAUUCAAGCACUUAGCUACUCAGCCAGAGAGGCGGUCUACAUGCCGAUACCUCAAACACGAUCCAAGGGGCUGGCUCCCGCAAGGAGGUGGGUACCCGUCUCCAGCUGCGAGGAAACCAUCGAGGCCACCGUGCGCAAACGGAGACUGUGUUUCGCGGGCUUUGUUGUGCGCAUGGAGGACAACCGCCACCCCAAGCGCAUGCUGUUAGGAGCGAUGGCGGGGGGCGUGGGAUACCGGGGCGGGCAGGAGAGCGACUGGGUGUCUCGUCUAGGAGAGGACCUCGUGGCCUUCGACAUGGGAGCCGAAAUGGAAGGAGAGAAAUGGAGAGAGAGCGCCAAGGACCCGGAGGUGUGGUACAACAAAGUCGAGGAUGAGGCGGCAUGGCUGUUCAGGAAAUGGCACAGGCAGGAGGCGGAAGCGUCCGCGAAGCGCCAGCGUGCGAGGGAAGCAGAAGCAGAGAGUACGGCCAUCUCAGGACCGAAGAGCAAGAGAGUCGGGGAAGCGGCGGUGGGGGGAAAGAAACGACGACCGGGCACUGCUGUUGAAGCGAGUACGGCGGCCGAGGCAACACUUGUGGCGAACUAUGUACCCGGCUGA